ACGCUAAAUAUGGCGGCUUCUGGCUGAAUCCGCUCCAUUCUCCCUUGAUUCUUUCUAGGUUUGUCGUAUGUUCCAGCAUGCCCCAAUGUGCUCCUGCUAUAGCUCCUACUCACUUCAACGAGCGCGUUAAAGUGAGUAAAUACUACGUACUGUAUGCUGUGUCAAAGUGUGCCCCUAACGAGAAUAUGACAUAAAAUAGUCAAAUGUCAAUAAAAGUAAAUAAAAUGGUGAAUUAUUGUAUCUUAUGCAAGGUAUGCACUACCACAACCUCUGCAUCUAGUUUUCACAGGUUUCCGAAAGAUAAGGAUCGAAGAAGCAAAUGGUUGCAAGCAAUCAAUAUGAAUAAAGUUCCACAAUGUGCUCGACUGUGCUCUAACCACUUUAAAUCAUCAGACUAUCAAGAAACAAUAUAUGGACUAAAAGCGAGUCUUAAAAAAACUGCUAUUCCUGAGAUUAUUUCACAAGAAAUCAAUUCUGAUGCCAAUAAUAAUACAGCAGCAUCUAGUGAUGAAAAAGAAUUUCAUACUGAAAUACAACAGAAUACAUGUAAAGAACAAUCCGGUAAAAUUAAAAUAGAAGAAUACAGUAUGGAAUUUAAUAAUGCUGCAAAAUAUAAUCCUAACUCAUUAAAAAGAAAAUUAAUGGAGAAUAAAGAAAUAGACUUUCCUUUAAAACAUAUUAAAUAUAUGAAGGAUAUUAAUGUAUACGAGGUAUCUAAAAAUCAGGACGAAGCAAAAAUGGUAUUAGAAAUUGCACUAGAAACAAUUGUAGAACAGGCAAAGAAAAUACAACAUUUGCAAAUUCAAAGAUGUAAAUUAAAAAACCGAGUGCAGAGUUUGAUGGAAUUAAAUAAACAUUUACAUCAUAAUUUCUAAGAAAGCUUUAGAAGACAUGAACGUAAGUGUUUCUUAAAAUAUAUAUGUUGUGAUACAGGAUGCAUCACUACAAGUCAUAAUUUAUUAAUAAUAUAUUCAGUAAACAAAAAUUGCUAGUAAAUUGUCAAAUUAGCAUCAAACGCUGUUCUGUCAAAGAUUGCUGUCAAUCCAGUGCACUUUGUGUCAUCAGUAAACUGUUUUGAUUCAAAUAAAACCUGUGACAAAACUAGAUUGCAAAUUAGCAGCAAAAACUGAGCAAGUUUGGCAUAGCAUUAUUUACAACAAAACUUGCUCGAUUUUUGCUGCCAAUUUGUUAUUAAGUUAUAUAUAUUCAUAAAUAUAUUUGUUUGUAUUUUACCAUCAAUUUGCUGUCAAAUUAUGUCAGCAAAUUUUGUUAUAUAUCUGC